AUGCAGGUGCGUCAGUCUUCUCUGAGGUCGUUCAUCGGAGUGGUUCCCCAGGACACGGUUCUCUUCAACAACACAAUCCGCACCAACAUUCGCUACAGCCGAGUCACAGCGAGCGACGAGGAGGUGGAGCGAGCUGCCAUGGCUGCCGACAUACACACCAGGAUACUGGAGCUACCUCAGGGAUAUGACACGGAGGUGGGGGAGCGAGGUCUGAAGCUCAGCGGGGGGGAGAAGCAGAGAGUGGCGAUCGCUCGAACCAUACUGAAAGAACCUCGGAUCAUUCUGCUGGACGAGGCCACGUCUUCACUGGACACCCAGACUGAGAGGAACAUCCAGGCUUCACUGGCCGAGGUCUGCACCAACAGGACGACUGUCGUGGUCGCACACAGGUUGUCCACUAUUGUCGGCGCAGACCAGAUCCUGGUGGUCGACAACGGACAGAUAGCGGAGAGAGGAAGACACGAGGAGCUGCUGAUGCAGGGAGGUCUGUACGCAGCCAUGUGGAAGAAACAGCAGAAAACUCACGACACGCAAACAGAAACACAGACGGAGAAUCAGACUCAGGACACAAUGCGCUGAUCUAUGUUUUUAUUCCAUACUCAUAGUUAUACACAUACUUGAUUUCUCUCAUAUGUGAUGUUUUGUCAUUUCAUGUAUCUGCACCCACUGUUGACUCUGCAGAAAGAGAAACCAUGCAGUUGGUCACAAAAUGAUAACAUUGACACUGUGAGAUCAUCUGGUCUUUGAAACCUGGUCUUGUGUUCCCUUGCAAAUAAACUGCCUUUUCAAUUACGGUUCAAGGAAAAA